AUGGCUGCCUCCGACGGCGCUUCCUCGAUCAGCGUUGCAGUCAGAGUCCGUCCUUUUACUAUCAGGGAGGCAGCCCAGAUCACACGAUGUGACGAGGGUCCCCUGUUCCUCGGCGACGGUUCCCUUGCGGGUGCGCCGACACCGAAGCUGAACCAGAAGGGUAUACGAUCUAUCGUUAAAGUAAUUGACGACCGCUGCUUGAGCGUGGUGCCAAAUGGUAAACGCGUCAAGGACCAGACCUUCGCCUUCGAUCGCAUCUUCGACCAAAAUGCCUCCCAGGGAGAGGUAUACGAAUCUACAACACGCAGCCUCCUCGACAACGUGCUCGAUGGAUACAAUGCGACAGUAUUUGCGUAUGGAGCUACAGGAUGUGGAAAGACCCAUACAAUCACUGGAACUGCCCAACAGCCCGGUAUCAUAUUUCUCACUAUGCAGGAGCUGUUUGAGCGAAUUGACGAACGAGCAAGCGAAAAGUCGACCGAAAUUUCUCUUUCCUACCUCGAGAUCUAUAACGAAACCAUUCGUGACUUGCUUGUCCCUAGUGGUAGCAGUGGGAAGGGUGGAUUGAUGCUGCGGGAGGAUUCCAACCAGUCAGUCUCGGUUGCCGGGCUAUCAAGUUACCACCCGCAGAAUGUUGGGGAGGUAAUGGACAUGAUCAUGCAAGGCAAUGAGCGCCGCACCAUGUCUCCUACCGCAGCAAAUGCUACUUCGUCCCGAUCGCAUGCCGUCCUUCAAAUCAACAUCGCGCAAAAAGAUCGAAAUGCGGACGUCAAUGAGCCUCACACCAUGGCCACUUUUAGUAUCAUUGACUUGGCGGGAAGUGAGCGUGCCAGCGCGACACAAAACAGAGGGGAGCGUCUGUUCGAAGGAGCCAAUAUCAACAAGUCCCUGCUGUCCCUGGGAAGCUGCAUCAAUGCACUUUGCGACCCGCGAAAGCGCAACCACAUCCCCUACCGAAACUCAAAGCUCACUCGACUACUCAAAUUUGCCCUUGGCGGCAAUUGCAAGACAGUCAUGAUUGUCUGCGUCAGUCCCUCAAGCCAGCACUUUGAUGAGACCCAAAAUACCCUUCGAUAUGCGAAUCGAGCGAAGAACAUCCAGACCAAGGUCACACGGAAUGUGUUCAAUGUUAACCGACACGUGAAGGACUUUUUGGUCAAGAUCGAUGAGCAAAUGAAUUUGAUCAAUGAGCUCAAAGCACAGGCAAAGGACUCAGAAAAGUUGGCCUUUGCUAAGUUCCGCAAGCAGGGUGAGAAGAAAGACGCUGUUUUGCGCGAGGGUGUUGCCCGGAUUCGCAAUGCUUACGAACACACGUUGCCCGAGAGGCAAGAAAAGACCAACAACAUGCUGAAACUAAGGCAAAUCGGCCGCAGAAUUGGAAUUUUGUCGUCUUGGAUUGCGGCUUUUGAUAAUGUUUGCGCCGCGCGUGAAAAUGAGGAGGGAUUAUCGAACCUAUAUGCCGUUCGCAAAUCUGCACAGGGGAUCCUCCUUGAACUGGAAGGUAGUAGACAUCAUUACAACCAGAAAUUAUCAAAAAGCACUUGGGACCGAGCGGUGAACUCGGCGGUCGAGAACGCGGCAAAGCAGCUUCAAGAGUUUGAUAUUACCGAUAACAGCGACUACGCCAAUUUGAACCGAGAAGCAGAUCUUCUUCGGUCCAAUGCAGAGCGCGAAGCUUUGACAGCUGUUAUAGAACAGGACAAGGCUGGAGAAGCUGCCGCUGUACAGCUUCUGUUGCAAGCACAGUUUGAGAUGAUGAACUCCAUCGAGGAUAUCAUGCAGCUAAACGCAAACGAGGCUAUUAAAAAGGGGCGGACCAUCCUUACAAAGAUGUUAGAGGAUUGUUCAGAUGCAGCAACCAACCUCGUGAAACCAGAUGGCACCAUGCCGUCUGUCCCGAACGUCAGCUCUGCCAGGCCUGCAAGCCCCACGAAAACAAAGAAGCGCUUCAGCUUGGUGAGCUUGCCACCGGUAUCGACCGCCAACCCGCCAAUCACACUCACCCCUGCUGCUCCUACUUCACCAACUAAAGGCUCCCCACGUCGCCGUAAAGGCACCACCGGUCGGAAGAGCGUCAGCUUUACGCCAAAGAAAGUCCAGGUGAAGGUUCCCAAACGAUCCGUCCGAUGGAAGGACGAUGAGGAAGACGGCACUUUGACCGAGUUCCAAAAGACCCCCAAGAAGGUCGACUCUGCCGAUGAAUCCAGCUUCGAAGAGUCAUGGUUGCCACCUCGAUCGGGAUCUCCCAUUCCACGAAAUAUCCCGAGAGUCAUCAGCCCGUCGGGUUCUAUCUCUCCCACCCCUGAUGAGCCUGCCGAAUCCACUGCGCCUGCCUUGAACGUUCAAAAGAACAACAGUCGCUUUAAGGCGGGAUUUUUGACCAAGAGAAAUGGCAGCUCACCAUUGGCGCCACCGCCGUCAUCCAGCCUUCCUCGUUCAAGAGAGAGCUCCCCCCUCCGUGAUAUUGAAGGAAGCAGCUUUAUGAACCGCACCUCGACGGAUCGUCCAUCACGGAUUGCAGUUCGUAGUCCCAGCGGGACCUUCUCCAGCAGUCCGGUAUCUGAAAACAGGGACAACUGGAAGUCGGACAAGGAAGAAGCAAUUAAGAUCAAUUCAGCCAUGCGACGUAUGUCUAGUGGGCGGGUUGCUAGUGGCCAGUUUAACAAUCCAUCCUCCAAUGCCCUGCGAAUUCACCGCCGUCGCAGCCCGACUUCCAAUACCUACGGGACCCCGCCAGCAGACAACCACAUGUUCACCGCAUCACAAGCGCGGCGCAUGGUCAAGAGCGAGAGAGAACACGAUGCCAAGCCUCGGGUCUUGAGUCCUCAUACCCUCCCAGUCAUGAAACACACGGGACGCCGCACAACUUUGGGCGGAGACGGUCGACCUCGAAAUAUCAGCCUAUCGAGCAGAGAUGCCAUCCGUCUCAGUGCGAUGGCAGCGCCCCCUGCUGACCACAACUCACAAGCGUGGUAG